AUGUCCGAGGAAAACCACUGCCACAUCAUGGACAAGAACAUUGACUUCCACAUCGUGCAGCUGUUCGAGCGGUUGGAGACUCUCCGGAAGGAUCCAGGCCCUAAGCUGGCCCUUGCCGUGCAAACCCGUGCCAACAUGCACAAGGAGCUGCGCACACUGGAGCUUUGGAGAUCCGUGACGUCCGAGUGUCUGGCCUCGUUCUUCUACGUGUUCGUCGUGUGCGGUGCAGCUGCCGGUGCGGGUGUUGGAGCGAGCGUUUCGUCCUUGCUGCUAGCGACGUCACUCGCUUCCGGGUUGAUCGUCGUCGUCCUGACGCAGUGCUUUCUACACGUCUCAGGCGCACACAUAAAUCCAGCUGUCACCAUGGCCCUGGCGGUGACGCGAAAGAUAUCGGCCCUUCGCGCGUUGCUCUACAUCACGGCCCAGUGCGGUGGAUCGAUAGCCGGUGCCGCCAUGCUGUACGGCGUAACAGUACCGGGUUAUCAAGGUAAUCUUCAGGCCGCUGUUUCGCACAGUGCUCAACUGGCACCCUGGGAGCGGUUCGGUGUCGAACUUAUCCUCACGUUCAUCGUCGUCCUGGUGUACCUCAUCUCGACGAGCUCGUUUAAGAAGUACUUUGGAUCAUCCGCGAUCGCCAUCGGAGCGGCGUACGGUGCGUGUAGCUUCGUAUCGAUGCCUUAUCUCAACCCAGCUCGCUCGCUAGGACCUUCCUUCGUGCUCAACAAAUGGGACAACCACUGGGUGUACUGGAUUGGACCGCUGUUCGGAAGCGUUAUCGCUGGGUUGAUACAUCAGUUCGUGUUCACACCGAAGCAGAAAUCAAAGGGCAAACCAAAGGGUGUUGGCGUGAAUGGCUCAAACGGCAUCACAGCCUCAGCUACGGAAGAGUCCAACAAUUACGCUGUGGACGUCAGCAAAAUGGCCGCCACUCAGGGUGUGAUCGGGAAGUUCCAAAACGCACGCCAUCACAGUGGAACGCUGCCUUCGCGCUUCUGCCACAGCAUGUACGCUAGCAGCGAUCAACCGACGAUCAAGAUCGAGCCUCUGGAACCGAUGUACGGCAAAUCGAUGCUUGGAAAGUCACCGCAAAUGUCCCGCUCGAACCUAAACCGCUCACAGUCGGUGUACGCCAAGAGUAACACGGCCCUGCACCACGAGAUCCCGGCGACGGUCGCUGCUACGGCCACUCUUCGUCCUGGAGUGCUGGUUCCGGCACAGAGUCUCUAUCCGAUGCGAGUUUCUCAACAGCAUCAGCAGCAGCAGCAACAGCCACAUGUCCACACGCAGAAUCAGAACGUCCAGAAUCAACUGCACCAGCGCUCUGAGAGUAUCUACGGCAUCCGGAACACCGUUCGACAGCAGCAGCAGUUGGCCGAGCAUUUGUCGCAACAACUCGCACCUCGACCGGGUCACGUCGAUGGACAAACGUCGUUCCAGCCGAUCUACUCCGUACGAAACAAUCCCGGUUGCUCCACGGAAGGGUUACGUGACGUUCACGAUCAGGCCGGCAGCAGCUGCGAUAAGGUGAUCAACACGCUUUCUCGAGCAGAACGGCCAGAGUCGGCGUAUGCCGCGACAAGACGCAUCCACUCGACGCAUUCGGAUGACAGUUCGUACGGUUCUUACCACGGAACAGGUCCUGCGAUCACGCCGCCAACACGCGAUCAUGGAGCGUACCUUGCGGCUGGAUCCUUGAUGCAUCCUGCGUCGAACUCUCGUACGCUACCUCACCCACAUGGACAUCGAGGUGUGGUGCUACAUGAUCCCGGAAUGCCACCACCACCGCCUCCACUGAUGAGCUGCAGUUAGACGGUCUGUCUUAAGCUGUAGAAGUCAAAACGACAGCCUCAACCUAUCCACCAAUGAACUCG